AAAAUUGCUGGUUGAUACUGCUCCAUUGGGAGGCGUUAUAAAAGCAAGCAACGAACGCUCGGACGAGUUUAAAUCGUUCCAACGAGACGCACAGUCAUGAAGUUUUUCGUCAUACCGUAUCUCCUCGCGGUUGAUUUGGUCGUACCAUCCGGUCGGUUCGACUACAAACCAACAUUUUUCUUCCACGUUGUCGUUCACUCGAGCGCGACGGUAGAAAAUUCAAGAUCGUUAGGGACGGAUUACACCCUCGAAGGUACAAUGUCGUGUACCCCGGACCCGAUAAGUUUGUGGUGUUGUUUCAAGAACACUAAGAUAACGCACGAUCAGAUAUUUCUCAACUAUUCGUCGAGAACGAUUUUACCAGCGGAUCCGACGACCGACGAUCCCGCGACGAUAACGAACGAGAAAUUUCUUCUUGAAUUCGACGAGACAGGGGUGAAGAUAUCGUCCUGCAACGAGAAGUCCGAACGAUCCUUGAGAAUGAUACAAAAGAUAGUUGAUCUGUUGAACGUCGACGUUGAUUUCGAUGGUGAAAGGCGGGGCUCCUCGAGGCUCGAAACGCUCACGAUCGUCGACGAUUGUCCGGUCAAAACGCGAGCCAAUUUCCGCCCACUCGCUCAUUCCAAUCCGAGGAAGCUCGAGGAUGGUUUCUUCAAGUUAAUGUCACAUCCGGACGACUUCGACGAGACCGCAGUUUGGGUUUUAGACGUCAAUCGUACCAAAGAAAUAGCCAAUUGCAAACGCUCGCAAGAUUUUUUCUUCGGCAGUCGUGGACACAACGAUGUCCUGCACGGCAGUAAACUUUCCUCGAACGUGACCUCAUCGACGAAUAAGAUUAAAAUGACGAAUGAAAACUUUACCUCGACGAGCUACACCGAAGGCACGAUGACAUCGAAAACCAUCAAGUUCCUUGUCAAAGACACCAUCACUGUUUCCAUCGAUCUCAAUGAUAUAUACGUACCUGCUGCCUGAGCAGAAACAACAAUAUUAGCGCGAUAUUCAAUUUUAUAACGGAAGAAAAUAAAUAUUCCUCGCAAAUUGAGAAACACAAUAAUUUCCCAAUAAAAGGGAAGAUAAAUAAAAUAAAAUCGAGGCUUCUCAUUCAUAUUCCUGAACAAGAGAAAACAUUUAAAAUUAGAUGAAAUUGUUUGUUUAUUUAAAUUACGUGUUACAUCUAAAAAAAAAAAUUAAUAACUAUCGCUAUGAUCAUGUACAUCGUUAUCGCAAAACAGUACGUAUAUGUUGAUCAGUUUUUUUUUUACUGAUUUGGUACUUUUCCUCUAAUUAAUGAAUGGAAUCGUUUUUUUUAAUAUUUUUAUCGAAUGAUGGAAAUCCGGUGGCGAUUAUCUUUUGCAAUAAUAAUUUUAAUAAUAAUAUUCAAUAUAUAUAUAAUAUAUAUGUAUAUAAUAUGUCUAUCUA